CAGUAGCCUGGAGAGGCUGUUUUCCCUUUCAGAUCACAACUGUACUUUAAUAUAAAGGAUGGGCGGAGGAGGCGACUCAUUUUCUCUCCAGCCAGUGUGGCCAAGUGUCACUUUCUCUCCGCGUCCUACAGCUCAGUACGCGCAAGAUCACUGCGGCGAUAUGGAUUUGCCAGGACAUGGCGAGCGAGCCAUCUGAGGAGCAUCGCAGCACAUCACGCAUGAAGAGGACAGUGUAAAAGAGCGAGAGAGAGAGUGAGUGUGAGAGGGAGUGAGAAGGAGAGAGAGGGAAAGGAAGAGGGGGGUUAGGUUGGAGCAGGUGAUCGAGACACAACAAACCUCCAAGGAGCUGAACAGUACGCGCAGGAUUCCUGUCCCGAUCAUGGUGCCAGCAAGCAGCCUCGGACCCUGCGCCACCCUGGCGCUGGCCCUCCUCCUGGGAUGUGGCGUGACUUUUUCCCUGGGCCAGAAUGACACGGAGCCUAUCGUCCUAGAGGGGAAGUGCCUGGUGGUUUGUGACUCGAAUCCCUCUUCGGACGGAGGGGUCACCUCCUCGCUUGGGAUAUCCGUCCGGUCUGGGAGCGCAAAGGUCGCCUUCUCGGCGGUGAGAGGGACGAAUCACGAACCGUCGGAAAUGAGCAAUACUUCCAUGACCAUCUACUUUGACCAGGUAUUAGUUAAUAUCGGAAACCAUUUCGAUCUAAAAGCCAGUGUAUUCCAAGCUCCGAGAAGAGGCAUUUACAGUUUCAGCUUUCAUGUGGUAAAGGUCUACAACAGGCAGACUAUACAGGUGAACCUGAUGCAGAAUGAGUACCCGGUGAUCUCAGCCUUCGCCGGUGAUCAGGACGUGACCCGGGAGGCGGCCAGUAACGGCGUCCUGCUGCAUGUGGAACGAGAGGACAGAGUAUAUCUCAAGCUGGAGAGGGGCAACCUCAUGGGCGGAUGGAAAUAUUCCACCUUUUCUGGCUUCUUAGUUUUUCCUUUAUAAUCAUUUUUUUUUGAUUCGCAGAGACUCUUCCGCGGUUGAAGAUUAUGAAACAGAAAUUAUAUAUACAUAUUAUAUAUAUGCCAUUCGUUUGAACUUAAACUGUCCGCGAAGCAGACAGAUAACCACUCAGUUAAAAUAUUGGACUUUUCCCUGGAGUUCACAGUACCAGUCCAUCGAUUGCAGUUACCUAUAGGAUAAACGAAUCAAUCGGCUUGUGCAAUUUACACAAGUGAAGUUCAGUAUUCAUCCUUGGAUUUCAUUGUUGGGGAGGCCAUUGACUUCUUUGUCAGCAAAGAACUAUUUCGGUGUAUUUGGACAACUGAACAAACGAGAGGAGCUGUCCAAGCCGAAGAGAUGAAGCGUUGAACUACGCGACGAUUCUUUAUUUUGUGUUUGUAUAGCCUUAAAAAUGGCUUCAGUCAAGUAAUGUGUGUGGAUUUCCGGACGCUCCUGUAUCAAGAAAUGCUUUACUGCCAAAAGCAUUUUCGUUUCUCUCUCUCUCUCUCUUUUUUUUUUUUUUGCACGAAUGGAAGAUCUUUAGUUUUGUACCGUUCCUGGUGUUUCUGGAUGCUGAACACGUUGAAGAAAUGUCCGUUAUUAGUCGCCUAUUGUUUUAAAUAAUAAUAAUAAAAAUAACCGUCUUAUUUCGAUCAGUGAAGACAGUGAUGAGCUACUUUACUAAACGUCUAACCUAAUUUUUAAAACACAUUCACCUUAUAGUUCAUUCUACAUUUCGGAUCUGCGUAGCUUUGACUGAUUUAUUUGUUCAGUGACGUUACUCACAGUUGUAUCUUGUGAAAGAACUACAAAGAAAUCCCAAUAUAAUAAUCCGCCAAAAUAAAAUAUUGUAUUGUUAUGCUUAUUUAGUUAGCUACCUUUAUUAUUUCCAGCCUUUCCAAAUCUUUACAAAGACGUGGGGAAAUUAGUUGUUUUGUUUUCCCCCCAUUAUUUUCAAAAUAUCAAAACAUCUCUAUUAUGCAAAUAACUAAAUACUUGUGCCAAUUAUUACAUAUUAUGAAACGCAGCGGUUCCUGCUACAGCUCUGCAGGAAACCGUUUUCCGUAGCGCGGAAGGUUACAUGCAAAGCUUUUCUGCCAGAUCACCUUAUUUAGACAUUUACGACGUUCUGCUAUAGUUCCGCAAUUUGAUAAGUGCAAUCACAAUUAACAGCCUUAAUAUAAAAAAAUCAGAUUCAAAACAUGUCACUUAACAAAUGUAGUAUAGGUAGGAUUCCGUGAAACAAUCUUAAAUCUGGCAAAGACAAAAUAAUGUUAAAUAUGAGGCAUGGAGGCAUAACCUUGUUAACCACAUUGGGCUGACAUGUAUCCUUAGAUAAACUUAAUACCAGCAGCAUCAGUCACACGCACACACACACACACACACACACACAUAUAUAAUAUUUCAUUUAAAAGAGGAAAUGUAAGUAUUAACAUCGGGAAAACCUGGAAUGAAAUUGUUUGAUUGAAUGACAUUGCAUGAAUUUAAAAAUUUAUAAAUCUGAUAUACAGUAUACAGGCAGAUCAGCCUUGAGAAGGACCCAGGGCUUGUGCAAAAUUGAUGUGCCUGCACACAUUUCGAAGGCCUUUCACUACUGUGCACGGGGGCAGCAUGAUCGGGAUGGUUUAGCCUGGGCAUGGCUGGAGCUCCGCUCUGUCACGGGGCCCUGUGCCGCUUCCUGCAUCACCCGCUGUUGUUUGUGAGGUUGGCGGAUGUCACUGUGUCACCGUGUAACAUGUCACCUUUGUGUACCGGCGUCCCCCUGCUGUGGAAAUGCAGUGUGGGCACAGUUGCUUUCGCUCGCCUCCUUUCGACUAAUAAUGCGGCCGAGAGGCACCUCGGCCUCGCAGGACGCUUCUGGAACGGCGAUCAGUACAGUUUCGGAAUAACGGCGGUCGGCAGACGUAAAAAGCAGCGUUAGAAAAAUUCCACAAGGAAAUGCAUUCGUGAGAGGAUGAAGUGCAGCCCGGGUCUGGUGUGAAGUGGCGCAACAAGCGAGAAGGACAGAGGAGGACGUGGAGGUAGAUUAGUCAGACAGGAAGGUGAUUCAGGCGUGGAAACUGCUGGUCGUUUUGCUACUGGUUGGCAUUUGCAAACUGAAAUCUCGUGGCCUCAAUGACAGUUUCAACAAAAUGAUACUAAAUGGAAAAUCAUAUAAUAUAAAAUAUCUCUGUGCAAGUGCAGAGUAGAGAUUAACUAGACAAAUAGAUGAAAAUGUAAGCCGCCCGUUUAACAUUUUAUUAAAAUGAAAAAAUGUAUCAUUUUCUCUCAAAGCAAACGCAGCAUCACUUGUAGCUGGUUUGAACAUCAAAUAGGCAUAUUUCAGGAUGACCUCAACUAUGGUUCUGUAGGAAUCUCAAGGUUCUGAAUCAUGUUCAGAAGUUCUCCAGGUGUUCUCCAAACAUUCCACCAAAGGACUCUACUGUAGACAAACAAAUGAAAAAGAAACUGUGUAUUUUGGCAGUUCUGCCUUUAUUUUUGAUGGAAGUAUAUACUGCCACAGAUAAUUUGUGUGUGCGUGUGUGUGUGUGUGUGUGUGUGUGUGUGUGUGUGUGUGUGUGCAUGUGUGUGUAUGUGUGUACAUAGGUAGGUCUUUUUUUUUUUUAGAAAAAGAUGAAGGUCGUCAUCAUUUGAUGUGUUCACAUUGACCCAAUUCAUUUGUUGACAAAUUGCUGUAUUCUCAAUUAAAGGUUCUGAUUCUGUUAAUGAAGCAGGACAUUUUUCAAACCUAGAACUCAAGUCUUACAGGAAGAGACCCUGCACAUAAACAAACAAAUAUUCCAAAAUUCCAUAGCUUGAAAAUUGCUGAGGUUUGAUACCACAUGCAUGACAAAACGUUGCGUUGUCAGUUGCAUGGAGCUCCGCUUCUCAGCUGUCAUGGAGAAAAUGGACCGUGUAGAAUGACUGGCUGGUAGAAACAAGGCUUGUGUGUAUUGAUGAGGAAACAGCUACCUAGAACAUUAUCUGUCCCAUUACAAACUGCUAAAUAUUCAUAAGGCUAUAUCACAAAGAGCUUAAUAUCUGUCUGACUUCCCAGGAUGCUCAGAAGCCUGCUAGAUACAAAAGGGAAUUGGGAGAGAUAUUUUAUAAUGAAGACAUUUAAAGAACAUGGGUGAUACAACAUUAUUUAAAUACUUAAAAUAAUGGGAUGUUCUUCCAUACAGCUCUUUACUGGUGUUCUGUCUCUUUACAUUUUAUGUUGUACCAUGUUAGCUGGUGGUUUCAAUGACGUGGCUGUAAUAAAGCCUCGCUUUAUCAGAACCAGCCUGGAUUCAAGCAGAAUGAACGGAAUUUGCUGAAUAGCAUUUGGAAAUUCUCUUUAAAUACUCUGGAUAAUUUGAUGUGUCGGUAAGGAGAUUUGUAAGUCAUGUCUAUUGUGUAUAUGAUAAUAAAUGUACUAUAUACGAUACUAGAUCUUAAGCUUUGGUAAGGGGAAGAGAAUGUUGUAGGACAUAUUUCCCUCAUCUUGGUGGAAAAUACUUUUAGUUAUGGGCCACCAGAGAAGAUGCAUGAAGACACAGUGACCUCAAGCAUAGCCAUUACUGCUCAAAAAGCACCUACAGCCAAUCAAUUCUCAGUCAAUAAAGCUUUCAACACAAGCAGGCCCAAAUGCACAUUUGAUGGCUUUUUGAUUAUCCAGUAGCAAAUAUCAUUCCUUGCAAAGCUGCCAUCUAACAUUCACAAAAUAAAACACCCGUUAAAUUCAUCCACCUCAAAGAAGAAAGCAAAGCAACGACUUAAGUGCAGCUCAACACCAGAAGCACAGCAGAAGAGCUCAACGCCAGAAGGAGAACACACAAGAACUUGACAACAUACGGAGAACACACAAGAGCUCAACGCCAGAAGUGGAACACACCAGAGCUCAACAGUAUAAGGGGAGCACACGAGAACUCAACGCCAGAAGGGGAACACACCAGAGCUCAACGCCAGAAGGGGAACACACCAGAGCUCAACGCCAGAAGGGGAACACACCAGAGCUCAAUGCCAGAAGGGGAACACAUGAGAACUCAACGCCAGAAGGGGAAUGCAUGAGAACUCAGCAUCAGAAGGGGAACACACCAGAGCUCAACGCCAGAAACGGAAUUCAUGAGAACUCAGCAUCAGAAGGGGAACACACAAGAGCUCAACGCCAUAAAGAAAACACAUGAGAGCUCAAAACCAGAAGGGGAACACACAAGAACUCAACGCCAUAAAGAGAACACAGGAGAACUCAACGCCAGAAGGGGAACACACAAGAACUCAACAACAUACGGAGAACACACAAGAGCUCAACGCCAGAAGAGGAACGCAUCAAAGCUCAAAGCCAGAAGGGGAAUGCACGACAUACAAGAGCUGAACACCAGACACACAAAAGCUCAGCACCAGAAGCUCAGCACACCUUUAACCCUAAACCUAACCCUAACCCAGCCCUAAUCUUAACCCUAACCCUAACCCUAACCCAGCCCUAAUCUUAACCAUAUGUAUCCGAACAAAGUACAAGUCUACCAAAAAAAUGGUCCCCACAACGUGAAAAUAACAGGUUUCAUUUUGGUCCCUUCAAUGGAAUGUAUAUGUGGAGCACACUAAGAGAAUUAUAGGUUAUUACGUAAUAUCAUAAAUGUUAUUUUUAUUUCAUGAUUAGUCGGUCAUUGGUAACUUCUAUGAACUCCGUGCAGCCAAACGUGCAACAACUUUCCGAAAGUUGCACCAUAAAACUCCACUAAAAGUAUAUUUCCUCAAAUGUGCAAUAAAUUCCAGUUAAC